GCGGGCGGGCGCGGGGUGAGAGGUGACAGGAAGCGGCGGCGGCCAUGUUGGCCCCAGCGCCGUGCUCCGAGCAGCUUUGUUGUGGCUCCUUCUCCCUCUGGCCCUGCUCCACCUCCACCACCUCCGCCGCCGCCGCGCCUCGCGGGUGAAAUGGAGGCGACCUGGGGUGCCUUUAUCUUUCAGGCAGCCGAUGUCUCACAGCAGCAGCACCAGCAACAUGUGCAGAACAGCCUGCUGCCGAUACUGCACUCUGUCAACGAGCCACGUGAGCAGGUCCCCGUGACCGCGCUGCCCACAGCCGCAAAGUCCCCCGACCCCAAAGAGGCCCCCAAGCCGUUGAUGACGGUGGAGAAGAAGGAGAAGACCAGGACGCCGGUGAUCUGCAGCUACUGUAGCAAGGCGUUCAGAGACAGUUACCACCUGCGGCGACACGAGUCUUGCCACACCGGCAUCAAGCUGGUAUCGCGGCCUAGGAAGGUGCCCACCAUGGUCUCGCUCAUGUCGUCGGCACCCAGCGUAGGGGCCACGGCCUCCCUGGUGUCGACUGUGGCGGGCAUGCUGACCACCACGGCAGCCUCCACCUCCACCAUCACUAGCAGCAGCACGCCCCCGGUGGCCACCACCAAGAACGCCGGCAGGAGGGUGAAGAAGAACCACGGCUGCGAACUGUGCGGCAAGGCGUUCCGCGACGUGUACCACCUCAACCGGCACAAACUCUCGCACUCGGACGAGAAGCCCUUUGAGUGUCCCGUGUGCCAGCAGCGCUUCAAGAGAAAGGAUCGCAUGAGCUACCACGUGCGGUCACACGAAGGGGGCAUUAACAAACCGUACAUCUGCAGCCUGUGCGGAAAGGGAUUCUCCAGGCCUGAUCAUCUGAGCUGUCAUGUCAAACAUGUUCAUUCCACUGAGAGACCCUUCAAAUGCCAAACUUGUGAAGCAGCUUUUGCCACCAAAGACCGCCUGCGUUCACACAUGAUCCGCCACGAGGGAAAGGUGUCCUGCCACAUCUGUGGCAAACUGCUGAGUGCAGCGUACAUCUCCAACCACAUCAAAAUGCAUAAUCACAAUCAAAAUCACAACUGCAAUGUCUGUAACAAAGGUUUCACCACGGCUGCCUACCUGCGGGUCCAUGCUCGAAAUCACCACGGUGUCCAUUACAAGUCUCAGAGAUUUGUGUGCGAGCAGUGUGGCCUGCAGUGUCAGUCCCACAAUCACCUGAUUGGGCACAAGAAAAGCCACAUGGGAGAGACCCCAACUUCUAGUGCCUCCUCUGUGGCAGCAGUGGCUUUGAAAGAUUUUCCUCCCAUGGAUACCACUUUCCCCCUCGCUUCCCCCUUCAGGGGUGGACUUCACUACAGCUACUGUCAAUGCCACUCCACAAUUGGCCAGCAGGAAGCGCCAUUGAAAUGGGGCGAGUUGGAUUCUGCCUGCUUUCCCGCCGCCUCACCCCACCUGACAUGGAAUGCCUUGGUACUGCGUGGCGCUUCAUCUAGCAGCCCAGUUGAGAACUGACAAAACUUACCAAGCUGAGGCAAACACUGCUGAGGUUUGCCAUACUCCAGCGGCAGCUCCAAGCCCGGAGAAUAUAACAGUCAGACCCGCGGACAGCGUGCCCUUCCUGUCCCAGGUCCUGCCAUCCUCCCCACCCUGGUGAAAAGUCCUGAAGGCAGCUGCCAUGCGAUCAACGGCGAAUUAGAAACUUGUCAACCAGCAGUUCCCCCCCCCACUAAAAACCCGGGAUCUUCGGCUCAUUCUGUCAAGAAGAAGAGAAAAUCUUGCGGGUUUUUUCUCCCAGGAGAGGAAAGCAUCGGUUUGUGGUUUCACUGACUAUGUAAAAUUGUGGUCUAAUACCCAGACUCCAGAUUUAAUGACUAGUUAAAAGUAGGUUAUCCAUCUAUCUGUAUCAUUCCCGUACCUCCAUCUGGGAAUAGUUUAGAGCUUUAGUGCUGCGGAAAUGAAUGCCCGUCUAAAUAUUUGCCGAAUUCACAAGGCAAUUCCACUGAUGAUUUUCGGUCCGAACAGAAAUGCAAAAUUGGUCACAAAUUAGUGGAUGGCCGCAUAGUGCAUUCGGAUAUGCUCAGCUGUUGCAUCUAAUUGUACGAGUGAAUUUGAUCACGCCGGAGAACGAUAGACAUCAGGAGGGAAGAGCAAAAAUAUUCCUAGAUGGACUGCCUGGAAUGUGCAGGUGUUUAAAAUGUUAUAUAGUACCUGCACUUAUCUUAGAAUCUGUAUUCUCAUGAAUUGUCAUUUACUAUAUAAGUGAGUGUGAAGUUACAACCUUGUUUUUAAAGAAUGCUCUGAAGACA